AUGACUCAAUUCCGGCAAAUCGAUUUGAAGAAUAAAAUCAAAGAGAAGAAGUUACAUCUUAUCCUCGAUCUCGACCACACCCUUCUCCACUCAUUUAACAUGGAAAAUUUUGGUAAGGACAAGAUGUCAGAAAUCUUUACAACAAAAGAUUUGCAGAAAAAUCUUUUCUUCUUCAAUGAAUUUAACAUGGUGACGAAACUUCGACCUUUCGUGUUCGAUUUUUUGAAAGAGGCCAACAAUUUAUUCCAACUUUGGAUUUAUACAAUGGGUACUAGAGAUUAUGCGAAAAGAAUGGCGAAAUUGAUUGAUCCAGAUGAAACACUCUUUGGGUGUAGGAUAAUUUCGCAGGAAGAUUGUACGAUUAGGGGACAGAAAGGACUUGAUGUCGUAUAUGCAGACGAGAAGACGAUUUUGAUUGUAGACGAUACUGUUUCGGUUUGGAGUAAUCAUUUGAGAAAUUUAAUUAAUGUUAAUCGUUUUAAUUUCUUUGGGACCAGUAAAUAUAUGAAGGAAAGAGAAUUUGAGGAUUAUGAAUUGUCAAAUGUAUUUUAUUUGCUUAAGAAGACUCACACAAUGUUUUUUGAUCCUAAGAUUGGAACAACGGAAAUCAUUGAUAGAGAUGUAAGAGAUUAUUUGAAGCUGGCGGUAAAUGAAAUAUUUUCGAAUAUGUAA